CGAGCAUCUCAAUCUACUCAUUCACCACCAAUUCUUGAGAUCCCUAAGCAUCUAUGCUCUGAACGAACACCUGGUUCUUGUGGUUUGUGGGUCUCUCUCUCUUCUUGAAGUUGGUUCUAGUGAGUUGGUUUGUGUCAAAGAAGAGACUUGAUGGACUUCAAAAAGUUGGGAUUCUCAGAUCAGUUGUCACAGUAUGCAGCUUCUCCCAGCAAAAAAGUUGCUUCUGGCUGGUGGCUGGCCAUGGCGGCCACAUUUGUAGUGGCCAGCCUUUUCUUGUUGAACUCCUCAGUCAAGAUUCCAUUUUUAUUCCCAGCUUUUCAGGGGCUUAACAGCUUGGGCAGUAGAAACAGUAGCAGCGAAAGGUCUCAUCUUUACUGGCCAUUUUCUUUCUCACCUGUUAGUUCUUGCUGUAGCGAUGCUGGUUCUGGUGAUGGAAGUUUGAUGGAUUCUGAAGGAAGAAGAGCAGGAGGUAUUGUAGAUACCCAUUUUGGUAAUUUCACUGAAAAUCCCAAAAAUGAAAGCUUUAACAGUAAAGAAGAGGAAUGUCCAUGGAAGAAUUACUCUCAAAUUGAUAGGAGUGUGAGCUUUUCAAAUGUUAUUGAUAAAGGAAAUGUUUCCUUUGAGAUUCGCAAAAAUGAAAGUAUUUCUGGUGAAGGGCAAAAUGGUACAAAUGCUCAAAAUGGGACGGUAGACUUGUUGAGAAUGGAAAGGAGUUUCUACAAGAAGGAAUGCGAUAUCUAUGAUGGUGAAUGGAUAAGAGAUGACACGAAGCCAUAUUAUCUUUCUGGCUCAUGCCCUUACAUUGAUAGGGAUUUUGAUUGCCACUUCAACAAGAGGCCAGAUGAUGGCUAUAUAAAAUGGAAAUGGCGACCUUAUGCAUGUGACAUCCCAAGCUUCAACUCAACUGAUUUUCUGGAGAAGAUGAGGGGCAAGUCACUGGUCAUCGUAGGCGAUUCAUUAAAUAGGAACAUGUGGGAAUCCCUUGUUUGCAUGCUCCGUGCUGGCGCCCACGACAAGAAGAGAGUUUAUGAGAUUUCAGGGAGGAGCAAGUUUAGAAAGAAGGGCUUUUAUGCAUUCAGAUUUGAGGAUUACAACUGCUCUGUGGACUUUGUUGGUUCUCCAUUUCUUGUCCGAGAAUCCACUUUCAAUGGUGUGAAUGGUUCUUUUGAGACACUUAGAUUGGAUUUAAUGGACCAGACUACUUCAAUGUACAAUGAUGCAGAUAUUAUGAUCUUUAACACUGGUCAUUGGUGGACUCAUGAGAAAACCUCUAGAGGGGAAGAGUAUUACCAGGAAGGCAAUCAUGUGCACACAAGACUGAAGGUUCUUGAAGCAUACAAGAGAGCACUUCACACUUGGGCUAGAUGGGUGGAUAACAAUGUUGAUCCAAACAGAACUCAGGUUAUUUUCAGAGGAUAUUCUGCAACCCAUUUCAGAGGAGGUCGGUGGAACUCUGGUGGGCAGUGCCACAACGAAACGGAGCCAAUUUUUAACAAAAAGCAUUUGGCAAAAUACCCCUCAAAGAUGAAAGCCCUCGAGCGUGUCAUUCGUGAUAUGAAGACUCCAGUGGUCUAUAUGAACAUCAGUAGGCUUACAGACUACAGAAAAGAUGGUCACCCUUCAGUUUAUAGGGCAGAAGGUCAUAAUGGAGUGCAUGCUCAAGACUGCAGCCACUGGUGCCUGCCCGGAGUGCCCGAUACUUGGAAUGAGUUGCUAUAUGCAUCUCUAUUGAAGAGUGGGCAGGGCUCAUGGGCAAACUGAAUCCUGCCCGACCGAUUCCUGGUCGAACCGGACUGCAACGCAUCACCUGGGGUGUAGAGGGCUGCAGGAAAUGGCGGCAUAUGAAGCAACACUUUCACCUUCUUUAAGAGACUUCAUUUCCACAUCCCAAAUCUUGUUUAGCUCCAAGUUCUCGUCUAUGAAGGGUGGAUUACUAGGGGGAGGCAAUUCUUCCUCCUGCUUCACGAGCAUACGCCGCACAUCAGACAUUGAUGGCCUUAGUGAUGGGACUUCUUGUGUGCACAAUAGCCCCACAUGAACCACCCUGGAAAUUUCAUGCCUUACAUUCGCAUUGCGGGAGAUCUAGCUAGUCCGAAAUCUGCAAUUUUUGCAUGGAAGUCUGAGUCCAGCAGGAUGUUGCUAGCCUUGAUAUCUCUAUGAAUGAUGCGCGCCUUUGAGUUCUCGUGGAGGUAUGCCAACCCUUCUGCGACUCCUAUAAUUAUGUUGAAUCUUUUUUCCCAGUUUAGACAUCUGCCUUUGUUCUUAUCUGUUAUAGUUGACAAGAAAACGUAUAUUCAUGU